AUGUCAUGGCAAGAUUGGACUUUACAUGUGGAUCGUGUGAACGUGUUGAUCAUCCGGCUUAGCUCAGGCCUACAGAAGUUGAUCGAAGCGCAAGAGGCAAUCGCCAAACUGAGCUUGGAACUGGUACAAAAGGAGCGUGAACUUGAGGUGGCCAGUCAAGAGGCGGAGGCUGUGCUUGUGACGGUGAUGCAACAGACUCAGGCGGCGGAACAGGUGAAGAGUCGAGUUGAGGUGGUGAAGGAUCGGUGCCUGGCGAUUGUCGACUCGAUUGAAGUGGAACGAAUGGCCGCUGAGGCUAAAUUGGAGGCGGCCAGACCGGCUCUGAUGGAGGCUGAAGAGGCGCUGAAUACCAUCAAACCGGCGGACAUUUCGACGGUGCGAAAACUGGCGAAACCGCCUCAUCUGAUUCAACGCAUUAUGGAUUGUGUUCUGCUUCUCUUCAAGCGUCAUGUGGAUUCAGUACGUCGCGAUCCUGAACGAGCAAACGCCUUCAAGCCCUCCUGGUCGGAGGCACUCAAGUUGAUGUCAGCCUCCAAUUUUCUCUAUCAACUGCUCAACUUUCCCCGUGAUCUCAUCAAUGAAGAGACUGUGGAUCUGAUCAGUCCAUACCUCGAAAUGGAGGACUACAAUCUGGAGACGGCCAAGAAGGUGUGUGGCAAUGUUGCUGGCCUGUUGGCAUGGACGUGUGCUAUGGAGAAAUUUUACUGGAUCAACCGGGAAGUAAUCCCGUUGAAGGACAACCUGGCGACACAAGAGAUCAAGCUUCAGGCGGCCAAUUCCGAUUUGAUGCGAGCCCAAGCGUUGCUCGACGAAAAGGAGGCCGUACUGGCCGAGGUUCGAGCUCAGUACGAAACGGCCAUGCGACGAAAGCAGGAUUUGGUUGAUGAUGCUGAGGCCUGUCGACGGCGAAUGGCGACUGCGACGACA